ACAAUGAGUCUCACCGCUAAGGACAAGGCCGUGGUCAGGGCCUUCUGGGCUAAGGUGUCCAGCAAGGCUGAGGACGUCGGAUGCGAUGCUCUUUCUAGAAUGCUGGUGGUGUACCCCCAGACCAAGACAUACUUCUCCCACUGGCCGGACCUGAGCCCCGGUUCUGCCCCGGUCAGGAAGCAUGGUAAGACUAUCAAGAUCGACGACCUCACGGCAGGUCUCCUCACCCUCAGCGAGCUGCACGCCUUCCAGCUGGGUAUAGAUCCAGCCAACUUCAAGAUCCUGUCCCACAACAUAUUGGUGGUGCUGGCCAUUUUGUUCCCCGCUGACUUCACCCCAGAGGUUCAUGUGUCCGUGGACAAGUUCCUGGCCGCACUGGCACAUAGGACCACAUAAACAAAAACAAUUUGACAUACAAAAAUAACAUAUGUUAGAUAAUUAGGCUAAUUAAGGACUCAUAUAAAUAUAUAUAUAUAUCAUGAAUUGAUUAAUAUUAUUUAUUCAUUACAUUUCCUAUACACAUAAAAACGUAUAUAUAACGUGUAAACAUAACCUAGUGGUUUUGCUGAUCAUGCUAUAAUUGUAACAUAUUGUAUUGUAAUGCAUUUUUAUAAACCAAUGGAGUUUAGUUGUCAUAAAAUGUGAAAAGUUACAUGUUGUAUUUAUAGAUGAUGUAAAAUGAAAUACACAGACAGUAUAGCUUGUUGAAUUUCUUAAGAAUAUUGGUUGAUUAAU